UUGUUUAUAAAAAAUUAAUUGUAAUUUAAUUUAAUAAUGGUUAUUGAAAUUACCGAUACAUAAACUAACCUAGAGUUGAAUAAGUAAUCUUAAUAACCUUAUUUAAAGAAAAAAAAAUCUUAAAAACCUCUCAUCUCUUUCAUUCCCUUUGUUCAUUUCAUUCCGUUCCAUUUACCGAGUUUAUAACAAACGCCAUGAGGGUACUUGCAGACUUGCUCUUGGAGACUUUGACAAAGAAUGCCAAAAAAUGAGUUUCGGACUUACUAGUCAAUAAUUAGUAAUUCGCUCUCUUUCCCACACUCCCUCGCUGUCAUUCGACUUCUCCUCACUCGGUCACUCCGAUACUCCCUCAAUCCCUCUCGCCGGAGCUCCGUCCUCCGGCCACCGGAUCCCCGCCUCCAAGUCCAGGUAAUUUGUAUUUGCAAGGAAGCUGUUUAUGGUGGAGUGUGUUGGGACUUCAUUAUUAUUAAGUAUAUGAUCUAUCUAAAUCGUCGUUUUAAGUAACCCUAUAAUUGUGCAAUCAAUAGAAUUGACUAUCCAUGGUGAAAAAGUGUGGAUUUGGCACAGCAGAAAUAGAAACAUUAUGGGAGGAAGUUAGGGAGUUAAGCCUCGGUACCUCUACCGAGGUAGAACGACUUAACUCUCCUCCUUCCCCUGUUGAAUUUCUUAGGAAUUAUGUGGCUCCCAACAAGCCUUGCAUCAUAUCCAAUGCCCUUGAUCACUGGCCUGCCCUUUCGUUAUGGUCUUCUGACGACUACCUUUGUCAAGCCCUUGAGUCAGCAGAGGUGUCUGUCCAUCUAACUCCUAAUGGUCGAGCUGAUUCUUUAGUCCCUCAUCCUGCAGACUCUUCCUCCCUUUGUUUUGCAUCUGCACAUGUAGAACGCAUGUCCUUUCCUGAUGCUUUCCGCCUCAUCUCUGAUUCUGAAAAGAGUGAGAAUGUUGUGGCAUAUGCUCAGCAACAGAAUGAUUGCUUUCGGACUGAGUACUCGGUUUUAGGUUCAGAUUGUGAUACGCACAUUGAUUGGGCCUCUGAAGCUCUAGGCUGUCUUCCAGAGGCUGUCAACCUUUGGAUUGGUAACAAUCGGUCUGAGACUUCCUUCCACAAAGACCAUUAUGAAAAUCUAUAUGCUGUUGUUUCUGGUGAGAAACAUUUUCUUCUGUUGCCACCCACAGAUGUUCAUCGUAUGUACAUUCGUCCAUACCCAGCUGCAAACUACUCCUAUUCUCAGGAUACAGGAGAGUUCAAUUUGGAGCUCGAUGAUCCAAUUAGACAUGUCCCUUGGUGUAGUGUGAAUCCUUAUCCACCUAAAGGAAGAGAGGAGAAGGAACACAAUGAAUUUCCUUUAUAUUUUAAUGGGCCAAAGCCAUUUCAAUGUACAGUCAAGGCUGGGGAGAUGCUAUACCUGCCUAGUAUGUGGUUUCAUUAUGUGAAGCAAAGCCCACGCACCAUUGCAGUCAACUAUUGGUAUGAUAUGCAAUUUGAAAUGAAAUAUGCUUACUUCAAUUUCUUGCAAUCGAUUAAUCCUAUUGCUUGAAGAGUGUUUCAAAAAUGGGUUGCCUGGUGCUUGUUCUCAUAUUUUGAGUUGGUCAUUUUGGGUUUUGGCAGAUAUGCUGUAUCAAUUGUAAUACUUGUAGGUACUUGAAUCUGAAUGGAUUGGCUUUCAGUUUUGGAGAGCAAUUUUGUAGACAAAUUCCAUGCAAAUUUUCUUCUUUGUAUCCAAUUUUAGUAUUCUUCGUAGGAAAUCUAAGCUUACACUACAUUAAUUUUGGGGGUGAAUUAUUUUUAUUAAUAAAUAGUUUUUUUGAAAACUAGGGUUCAAGAGUUGUAAUUGAUGAAUAUUGUUACUCAAUAAAAUUGAAAUUGCUUUUAA